AGCCAAGUGGAAGAGUCCAGCCCCACCGGAUGGUGAGAACAACAACAUGAUCAACUUGAAUGCAUCACAUGCCCACCGCCAUAGCUUCAUUCUGACAGGUAUCCCAGGAAUGCCAGACAAGAACCCAUGGUUGGCCUUUCCCCUGGGAUUUCUCUACACACUCACACUCCUGGGAAAUGGUACCAUCCUAGCUGUCAUCAAGGUGGAGCCGAGUCUGCAUGAGCCCAUGUAUUACUUCCUCUCUAUCUUGGCUCUCAGUGACAUUAGUCUCUCCCUGUCCACCUUGCCCUCCAUGCUCAGCAUCUUCUGGUUUAAUGUCCCUGAGAUUGUUUUUGAUUCAUGCGUCACACAGAUGUUCUUCAUCCAUAUAUUUGGAAUAGUAGAAUCAGGAGUCCUAGUGUCCAUGGCCUUUGACAGAAUUGUGGCCAUCCGAAACCCAUUACACUAUGUUUCCAUCCUCACUCAUGGUGUUAUUGGAAAGAUUGGAAUAGCUAUCUUCACCCGGGCAGUCUCUGUGGUUUUCCCUGUGCCCUUCCUUAUAAAGCGCCUACCCUUCUGCCAUUCCAAUAUCUUGUCUCAUUCAUAUUGUCUUCACCAAGACAUGAUGCAGCUAGCCUGUGCCAGCACCCGCAUCAACAGCCUCUACGGCCUCAUCGUCGUCAUCUUCACACUGGGGCUUGAUGCCCUCCUCAUUCUAAUGUCUUAUGUAUUCAUCCUGAAAACUGUGCUGGGCAUUGCCUCCAGUGGUGAAAGGCUCAAAACCCUCAGCACCUGCCUGUCUCACAUGUCCGCUGUGCUCCUCUUCUAUGUUCCUUUUAUUGGUGCCUCCAUGAUCCACAGAUUUGGGAAGCAUUUACCACCAGUAGUGCACAUGCUCAUGGCCAAUAUAUACCUGCUGCUCCCCCCUGUGCUAAACCCCAUUGUCUACAGUGUGAAGACCAAGCAGAUUCGGAGAAGGAUCAUCCAAGUGUUCCAGAGGAGAAAAAACAGGGCCUAGUAGAAUGGAAUCGUGUAAGAAGCAGAGUAAGUAUCCACUGUAAGAAUUAAUUAAUUUUCCACAGUUAUGGCGCAUCAAAUUUUGCACAUCUGGGGAAAUGCAGAAAUGGGUAAGGUUUGUGGGUGAAGAUACAUAACAGGUCAUUAUUGUUCUGUAUAUACUGUAUUUUGGAAUGUCUGCGUUUUGACAUAUGGUGUCACAAAAUCUAAUUUAUUAAGUAGUUUCAAACUUUUCUUUGACACUGGAGAUGAGCAUCAGUGAGAACAAAUUAUCACAUCUAUCCAGAUAACACUUAUGUAUGUUUAUUCAUAAAAUAUUUAGUUAUAUUUCACCCUUGGUUAUCAAUUUAAUAAUAAUUACAGUAAGAAAGAUUCAAGAAGUUCUAUAGUGCUGCCAAAGGUUUUGGCAUCUAAUAUUUUUUUUCUCAAAAUAAAGUAAGGAAAAGUGUUAUAGGAUCAAAAAUAUAUCUUUAUGUUUAGGAAUUUAUUGGUAAUGGAUAUCUGUGAUGAAAUAAAAGUAGGCAUAUCUGUGGUUCCCUGAUGCAUACUUUCUCCCUUUCUAUGACAUCGCUUCUGUACAUAUUUAUCAUAGUUCUAGUUUCUUGCCAUGUACUUAGUAGAUUAAUAGGUAUUCUGUGUUUACUCUUUGACUCAGUGUAAGUGACAUUAAUUUCAUUGUAUACUAGACGAUGCAGUAAAAUUUUGCUGAGUAAAGUUAUUCCUGGGUUUUGUGUAAGGUAAGUGAAGAUUCUCGGCACAGAGAAGUUAAAAAAUUGAAGGUACACAAUGUGGGUAUAUGUGCAAUGUGACUGCGCAGUGAGUCUAAUACAUGCUUUAGGAAUUGUGUUAAUUAUUAUGCAACAAAUUUGCUAGAGUAAUUACUUAUUCACUCAAUAAAUAUUCAUUGAAUGCUGAUGAAAUGCUGGUCAUGAUGCUAGACGUUGGAGAUACAGGGAAAAAUGCAUCCGUUUUCUGGAUGACUUUUCUGUAGAAAAAUAUGCACACAGGCAAUUAUAAGGCAAUUAUCUAUUACAUUAUAAUAUCUCAUUUAAUUUGCUAAUAUGAAAUAAAAUAUGCUAGUAGCUUCUAUAGAGUAUAAUGGUAAAUUUCCCCAACAACUUUGAGAAAAAGUGUUCAUAAAUAUUUAUACAUGAGGGAAAUGAGACUUAAAGUAACCGAGUAACUAUUCAAGGUUAUACAGUUUCCAAGUGACAGGCCUAGAUUCAAAAUAUGUAAUUGUAUUGUUUGGCCCAUGUGAAUGGCAUUUCUAAUUUUUUACAAAUCUCUCUCUCCUUACAAAAUCAUAAGGACCAAGUUCAAUGUUUGCUCUGUGUCUUCCCCAUGCCCCACAUUGGUGCUCAAUAUAUUCUUCCUGCUCAAAAAACAAAACAAAAAAAAAAACAGAAACUCCUACUUUUAAGUAGAAUACUUUUGGCGUUUCAGACCCCUUUUCAAUAGAUCUAUGCCCUUAAGUACCCCUGCCAAGGAGGAAUUCAUAAAUAUACAGACUUCCUUGUGUACACAUAAACACUUUCUCAGGGACGUAGGCAGCCCUGGUCAUUGAUUGCUAUUCUGAGAAGGGAGGAAAUAGACAAACUUUCUGGAGUUAGGAAGGGGGGAAACUUUUCCAGUCACACACUAAAGAAAGGCCCGAGCUGUGACUCCUGGGAGAUGCCAGGUCUCCGGCUACUGCAGUGCUUCUCUUCCUUUGCUAUUCCUAAGGCAAUCUCAGGCCUAAUGUCCAGGACCUUGGGAAAAGGAUAAUACCUCAGUGCUCAUUUCUUCUGUAGCUGUCACUAGAAGUAUUGCCAUUGUCAAUGAUCCCAUAAACAACAAUGCACUCUGGGCUCCUGUACUCGCCUAUUCAGUGAGAACGAGAGCUCCCAGAGAAACAAUACAGUGGCUUAUUCACUUUUUAGAAAGCUAUGUGAGGCCUCUUUAGAACACAGUAUUCAUCAUUCACAUAUUUCUUCAUGGAACAAAUCAACUUGGCCUAUUUAGCACUUACUCUAUUCCAGGCUGGUAAGUGUUGGGCAACCAGUAGUAAGAAUGAUUUAAUAGUCAC